AUGCGUGACCAUAUAAUUGGGAAUCCUCGCCUGUCCGAAACCCGCGAACAACGUGAAUAUGAACGGGAGCUCUGGGAGUUCCAGCACCGGGUCCCUCCGCAAGAGGCGGUCGACGACACCGAGGAUGACGACGACGAGAAGCAUCCGCAUAAAUUCAGCUUGAAGGGCAAGCUCAAAGGAUUCUGGAACCAGAAGGUCAAGCCGGCCUUUCCUGAAGCAAUCGCAGACCUUGGCCUCAUCAAAGACGUCUUCACCACCGAGACCCUCAUCGCCAAGGACCUCCACGACGCCAAUCGGCACCCGGAAAUCAGACAGGUAGUAGAAGUGCGACGGGGUCUCGAUCUCUGCGAGGGCGAGAAGGCCUACCUCGCGCAGCGGAAACUGCGCGUCCGCGAUCAUUUUGCCCGAUACAUCGGUCUGGACCCGGAGCAGGUCCACCCGGACGAUGUCCCCGUCGUGGCCUUUGGAGGGAGCGGAGGCGGCUACCGCGCCAUGCUGGCCAUGCUGGGCUACU